GUUAAAACAUUUUGUGAAGAAACUGGUCCUUCGUGUAAAUGAUUGCUGUAAAUUAUAACAAAGGCCAAAAGGUUCACAGCAUUCAUUGCCGAUGACAAUCAAUGAACACUUUGAAUACUUCCAAAUAUGCAGCGGUUAUUAUUACUAGUUCGCUACUGAAACAGGGAUGUGAAAAUGUUCUACUUGGUUUAUUAAUGUAUCAUGGAUUCCCAGUGGGAGGGUUCAAUUCCUGACCAUCCUUAUCUUCCUAGUGUUUCCAAAUCUGUUUACAUAUUGGGAUGUAAAUAUGACUCUUUAGAUGCCUUCUACGUCUAGUCAACGUCGCUCGUCGAGGCUGGCUGUAGUUGGGGUGGAGUUAGGUAGGAUUUCCCAAUCUUACCAUUUUCUCCCAACUUUGUGAUCGACGAUAAUCUGGAAACAGCCCUGUUGGAUAUGGAUAUAUAUAUAGUAUUGGUGUGGAUCAGUUGCCCGGAGAAGGAAUUUUCGACCUUGAGUAUACAGACGAUAUUGUCUUACUGUGCGAUGAUGCAUAAGCUAUGCAAGUCUCACUUAACUAAUUGGCAGUCAGUGUCCCCAGAUAGGGAGGAAAUUGCACUUCACCUAAAGUCUCGACUAUGGAUGACUUACCGAAAGGGUUUCUCCCCGAUUGGCAGUCGAAAUGGUCCUAAAUCAGAUGCUGGAUGGGGUUGUAUGCAUCGCUGUGGACAAAUGAUUCUUGCUGAAGCCAUGUUAAGAUUUCACCUCGGACGAUCAUGGAAAUGGAGUCCUGAACAAGAAAGCCCGGAAUAUUAUCGUCUUCUACAAAUGUUUCAAGAUCGACGGUCUGCGCUUUAUUCAAUUCAGACUAUAACCCUCACAGGUGUAUCACUUGGUAAAUCGAUUGGAAGUUGGUUUGGUCCAAAUACUGUUGCACAAGUACUCAAAAAACUAUCUGUCUAUGACCGUUGGACAAAUUUAUUUAUUCAUAUUUCUGUGGAAGAUGGGAUUAUUAUUGACGAAAUCAAAUCUUUAUGUUGUCAACAUCGACCUCAUUUCAAUUUCACUAAUAAUUCUAAUGAAAAUGAUAGUCAAUCCGAAUCGAUAAAACCUAGUGCUGAUGAAAGUAAAGAUGAUCCCGCAGAAGAAUCAGACUCAUCAACAUCUUCAUACAGUUGUCCAUUUGCUCAAUCUGUUACUGAUGUAAAUCACAGUUGUGAUUGGAACAGUGAAGCUCUUAGUAUGCGUAAUUAUGAUUCAGAAAUAAUUGAUUUACGAUCUCAACUUCAAUUACCUGUUACCAGAGAAGUGGAUGAUAGUUGUAUAGAAAUCGUUUUACCUCCAACUUUCACUAGUUCAAUACUUACUAAUACUCAAUUAAAUGAAUCAAAUGUAUUAUCUACAUCCAAUGUAAUUAAUUCACAUCCUGUUGAUGAUAAUAUUCAUAAAAAUUGUCAAGAAAAUCAACUUCCUAUGGAUCAAACGAAUCAAUACAAUGAUAACCAAAUUAACAGCACUACUAUUGCCUCUCCUGUCAUUGCUUCUGUACGUGUUAAAUCCUCAUCAACAAAUUCACCUUCAUCAAAUUGGAGGCCAUUAUUAUUAUUCGUUCCUCUUCGACUUGGAUUACAUAAUCCUAAUCCAUGUUACUUCAAUGCAAUCAAAGCUGUAUUUCGUUUGCCACAUUGUGUCGGAAUAUUAGGCGGUUCACCAUGUCAUGCUGUCUGGAUUGUAGGUGUUACUGAUGAUGAUGUAAUCUGUUUAGAUCCACAUACUACUCAACCCGCUGGUCGCGGUAAUUUAAAACCAGAUUAUGAUCAAACAUAUCAUUGUGAUAAUCCUAUACGUAUCCCGCUUAAACGAUUAGAUCCAAGCAUGGUAUUAGGUUUCUUAUGCUCAACUGAAAAAGAAUUUGAUGAUUUAUGUCAUAAUUUAAAGGAAGAAGUUCUGCAUCCUUCAGUAGCCGAUUCAUGGCCUCUAGUAGAAAUUCAUACAACAAGACCGUCUAACCUACCACCACUUCCUUCAUCUAAUAUUCCAAAUGAUCUAUUAAUUUCUGUAUAUCCUUCAGACCAGGAUAAUCUUGGUCAUGGUGUUAAUGAGAAUGCAGAUAAUUCAAUUCACACUACUAAUAGUAAAGAUGAUGUAGAACAUGAAGGUAAAUUAAGCGAAGCAAUGGGUGCAGUAAAAGCUCUAUGGUCUAAAUGUAAUCAAGUAGCUGGUGAUACCGUUCGUACUUUAGCAAAUGUACCACAACGAUUUGUAAAAGGUCCUGAAUAUGAAGUUAGUUAAUUAAAAUGAUCGACCUCAAUGUGUUGUUAUAUAUUAUGAAUAAUUAAUUAUUAUCUAAUGUAGUUCUACUGGUUAUUUAUUUAUUUAUUUGUUUGUUUUAAAUAUCGAGUUUACACAGCCAGAAUUGAUUAACAAGAUGUGAAAGACGAAAACAAUUAUUAAAGAUUUAUCUGUUCUAUAAAGUGUUUUCCUUUUGCACACGUACACACACACAGAUACAAAGAGAUUGAAUGAUGGCAGUUAAUGUCGAUACCAGAGACUACAAUUAUUAUUUAUAUUACUAUUGUUUUUCCUUGUUGUCGCCAUUGUUUUGUUUUGUGUUUCUCCUGUUGGAUUCCAAAUUUCACUUUAUAUCUUUUGUUAAUUAUUGACUUAGUUUAUAUUUUUUAAGAGAAAAAUUGAACAUUUAUCAACUGUGAUUGUAUGGUGUUGAUAGUUUGUUAAUCGACUGUAAUGUUUACUUAUCUUGGUAAUAACAAUAAUUGAUAUUAUUAUUAUUAUUAUUAUUA